GUUCCCCCAGGAAGAGCGCCCACCUUACCUAAAAAAAAGAGAGGAAGAACGACCACCGCCACCGAUGGCGAGAUCCGCUGCGCCGACGGUGAGAUUCGCCGCCGCGCGGACCUCGACCUCGGGCGCGCCUGCCUCUACCUCGUCCGCGCGGACUGCUACCUCCGCCGCGCCUGCCUCGACCUCGUCCACGCCUUCCUCGACCUACGCGGCGACGACGACAACGAGCACGAUCUCCUCCCCGUCUACCUCGACCUCCACCUCGACGACAUCCGGCUCCGCCUCGUCUCCAAGCGCAGGUUUGGACGCGGCUCGCAUCUUCAACCUGGUAGUCCGGCAGCGCCCCUUCGAAUUGUUGGAGUACAUCGACGGGUUGCCUGGUUCUUUUGGAGACCCCCAGUGUCAGGAGAUCCGACUCGUGGGGAGGGCUCUUCUUCCAGAGGAGAGCACGAGAGACCCUAAUCCUCCAGAAGCAUACCUGAGGGCUCGUCUGAAUAACUAUCCAUUCCCGGACAAGGCCUCUGGCAUUGAGUACUUGGCCCGGCUUGCUUGGUCUAACGCAACAAAUUGCAGGUUGCGUGUGCCGCAGAUCUCUUACUGUUCAACUUCUUCAGAAGCAGAUUUACUGGGCAAUUUUCCUUAUUAUUGUGGUUUAUUGGAGAUUUCUAUCUAUCUGUACUGGAGCAAAUAUAUCUCCUUGAAUAUCGGAAGUGGCAAAUAUAUACUACACAAGACAUGUGUUACGAGGAAGGAAUUAUAGACUAUAUAUAUGUAUAUACAAGACUAUGUGCGUCAAGAUAAUAUCACAAGGAUAUAUAUUUUUCUUCACUAUGUUUAUAGAAGAUCAUAUUUCUGUGCUCAAAAGGGUUCCAGUACAGUCUCUGUCAGAAUCAAUGAAUCGUGCAAAGGAUGCUAAUGCUUCUGCCACAAGGACUCCGACAAGAUAUUCUAGGCAGAUGAAUGAGUUUGAUCAGAAAUCAAGCGGCUCAAGGAACUCUGGAAACUUUUCAGUAGCGCAACAAAAGUGGGAUUCCAAGGGCGACCUCAGGUCCGAUGCAAAAACAAAAACGAGCUCAAGUAUUCCUUCGAAAUUUCCUGAAGAAGGAAGGAGCUCUGAGUCAUCACUGUCAUCUCUCGCGCAACAUCAAGGCUGUCACUCGCAAGAUAAGGGACACAAGUCGCUUUUAUACAAUUGCCCUUGGUCGACGUUUCUCGUACCUGCAGGUUGUAGGUUCCCUGCAAUAUCAGCAGCCAGCCCAUUCCUCCGGGUGUACAGUCCAGCUGUCCCCGCCCAAAAAGAGGCACAAAUAAAGCAGCAAUUCAUAGCGAUGCUUGCGAUGUCACCUGAAUGGUGGCGUCGUUUGCUGCAACAUGGUGCCCUACCCGACCGUGACCCUGAAGCGGCAACGAGGGCUCUCAUGAGCCCGCACAUCUCCCGUGACAGGCCACUGGUAGAGGUCAAGCACCUCUGUGAGAAUUGUGCUAACUGCUGUCUCGCCCAUGCUUACCUAAGCAAGCACGGGCCCUGUGUGAAGCGUGGUGCGAUUGGUCUACUCCCUGAGGCCCGAGACACAGUGAUGCAGAGGCUGCUGGUUCAUGAGGACGAGACCCUCUACUGCAUCGAGGAGUGCACACUGCUUGUUGAGCCAGAGUUCAGAGGCAAGGUGAUGAAACGUGAUGGUUUCAGGAUGAGGACUGAUGAUACGUAG